AGUCACUUCCUAGGAAUUUUCAACUACACAGGAAUGACGGGCGUCCGGAUCGGAUUGAUGCUGACGGUUGGCGUCUUAGUCUUCGCUUCCUUUUACGACUCGUGUCUAUCCGAUACACAAAUGGCAACCGAUCGAUUUGUUGACGAUCUUUCGAUAGUCGAAUUACCUGAAGCCGGAAUGAUGUACAGCGGAACGGGCCAUCAGCAGCAACCGGUCGAGCGGAAAUCUCGCCGGAUUAAGCGAUCCUCUUGGUCUUUGCCACCCAACACUAGCACCAGAUUCUUGUUCGAUCUCAUCAUGCCCAUCACCCCUCUCAACAACUCUUUCAGCUUUUUGACUUUCGAUUUGGUUUACCGCUUCGUUUUGCCCACCUACAAAGACCUCAACAACCUGUACAGCACGCUGGGCAGGCUGGAUACCAACAAUCUCGAGGGAGAAAUGGACGAAAGUCAAAUAGAUUUCGAAUUCUUCGAAGAACAAAGAGCCAAUCACGAAAGACGAUCUGUCUAUCAGCACGCUCAAGGCGUCUUUGAAAAUUUAGGAUUUGAUGGCCAGACAUGUUUACUUCGUGCUAUAUGUGAAAUGGCCGAAGCUCCGCUAGCCCAUCAUGGGCUUUUAGGCAAAAUCAUCGAUUUGAUAUUCACGCCAAGUGUGUUGAAAGUACCAAAAUCUAUGGAGCCUUACCUCAGUGGCAACCGGAUCCGAAGAGAUGCGACAAACAUUCCGGAAUUGGAAGUGCUCCAGAAACCGGUGGAAGAUGAUUACACUGACGCCUAUCGCGCCGGUAAAGAAGGAAAAUGCUGGACACGUUACUACACUUGCCCAGUAUCUAUUUUCAAACUUGUGAACAUGUUUUGAAAGGAACACCACACAGUAUUUAUGUUAAUUUUUGCCAAUCGACGUUACAAACAAAAUCAAAAACCAAAUCAAAAACAAAUCUAAAUCAAACAUUUUCAUGUUCCAAUUAUAAUGCUAAUGUCUAUUUAUUUCUUAAUAAUAUUAAUAAAGAAAUUUAAAACUA